AUGGCACAAAGAACUGACAUAAAAAGUACCUGCAAAGGAACAAUGGCGACAGAAUCUCCACGCCGACCGAGUAGGUGUACUGGAGGAGUGGUAGUUCGCCCACAAGCUGUCACGGAACAGUCAUAUAUGGAAAGCGUUGUUACGUUUCUUCAAGAUGUUGUGCCACAGGCCUACAGUGGUACCCCACCAGCAGAAGAAAAGGAAAAAAUCAUUUGGGUCAGAUUUGAAAAUGCAGAUUUAAAUGAUACAUCAAGGAAUAUGGAGUUUCAUGAAAUACACAGCACUGGGAAUGAACCACCGUUGCUGCUCAUGAUCGGAUACAGUGAUGGAAUGCAAGUCUGGAGCAUACCUAUCAGUGGUGAAGCUCAGGAGCUCUUUUCUGUCCGCCAUGGUCCAGUUCGAGCUGCACGAAUCUUACCAGCUCCACAAAUCAGUACUCAGAAAUGUGAUAAUUUUUCUGAGAAGAGGCCUCUUCUUGGUGUGUGCAAAAGCAUUGGGUCUUCUGGCACAAGUCCACCUUACUGUUGUGUAGACCUUUACUCUUUGCGAACAGGAGAGAUGGUCAAAUCCAUACAGUUCAAAACUCCUAUUUAUGAUCUGCAUUGCAAUAAAAGGAUACUCGUUGUAGUCUUGCAAGAGAAAAUUGCUGCCUUUGACAGCUGUACUUUCACCAAAAAAUUCUUCGUUACAAGCUGCUAUCCUUGUCCAGGGCCAAACAUGAAUCCUAUUGCUCUUGGAAGCCGUUGGCUUGCUUAUGCAGAAAAUAAGCUGAUCCGAUGCCAUCAGUCCCGUGGUGGAGCCUGUGGAGACAACAUUCAGUCUUACACUGCCACAGUCAUAAGUGCUGCCAAAACGAUAAAGACUGGACUUACAAUGGUUGGGAAAGUAGUUACCCAGCUGACAGGGACGCUGCCUUCAGGAGCAACUGAAGAAGAAGUUUUAGCUCAUAGCAACAUUCGUCGAAGUCCUCUGGUGCCAGGAAUCAUCACUAUUAUUGAUACAGAGACAGUUGGAGAAGGGCAGGUACUCGUUAGUGAGGAUUCUGAUAGUGAUGGUAUAGUGGCGCACUUCCCUGCACAUGAAAAGCCUAUCUGCUGCAUGGCUUUUAACCCUAGUGGGAUGUUGCUGGUCACUACUGACACAUUAGGCCAUGAUUUCCAUGUUUUUCAAAUACUGACACAUCCUUGGUCAUCAUCACAAAGUGCCGUCCAUCACUUGUAUACACUUCACAGGGGAGAGACUGAAGCCAAAGUACAAGAUAUCUCCUUUAGCCACGACUGUCGUUGGGUUGUGGUCAGCACACUUCGUGGCACUUCUCAUGUUUUUCCCAUCAACCCUUAUGGUGGACAGCCCUGCGUCCGAACACAUAUGUCACCUCGAGUGGUAAAUCGCAUGAGCCGAUUCCAAAAGAGUGCAGGUUUGGAAGAGAUUGAGCAAGAACUGACUUCUAAACAAGGAGGUCGCUGUAGUCCUGUUCCAGGCCUGUCAAGCAGCCCAUCUGGCUCACCGCUUCAUGGUAAAUUGAACAGCCAAGACACUUACAAUAACUUCACGAACAAUAAUCCUGGGAACCCUCGACUCCUGCCUCUUCCAAGUUUGACUGUGGUGUUGCCUCUUGCUCAAAUCAAACAGCCAAUGACAUUAGGGACCAUCACCAAACGCACAGGACCUUACCUGUUUGGAGCAGGAUGUUUUUCUAUAAAAGCUCCAUGCAAAACCAAACCAGCUCCACAAAUUUCACCCAGUAAGUCUGUGGGAGGAGAGUUUUGUGUUGCUGCAGUGUUUGGAUCAUCAAGAUCCUGGUUUGCAAACAAUCCUGGUCUGAAAAGAGAAAAAGAUCAAUCAAAACAGUUUGUAGUGGAAUCGUUGUAUAUUAUCAGUUGUUAUGGUAGCCUAGUGGAGCAUGUAUUGGAACCACGUCCGCUCAGCACUGCUCCGAAGAUUAGUGAUGACACACCCUUGGAAAUGGUGACGUGCCCACGAGCCAGCUGGACUUUGGUUAGAACUCCUCAGUGGAAUGAGCUCCAACCACCAUUUAAUGCAAACCAUCCACUGCUCCUGGCUGCAGAUGCAGUACAGUACUACCAGUAUCUUCUCGCUGGCUUGGUUCCACCAGGGAGUCCUGGACCUAUUACUCGCCAUGAAUCGUAUGAUAGCUUAGCAUCUGACCACAGCGGUCAAGAGGAUGAAGAGUGGCUUUCCCAGGUUGAAAUAGUGACUCACACUGGGCCUCAUAGACGCCUGUGGAUGGGCCCGCAGUUCCAGUUCAAAACAAUUCAUCCGUCUGGCCAAACAACAGUCAUUUCAUCCAGUUCUUCAGUGCUGCAGUCGCAUGGUCCAAGUGACACACCACAACCUCUUCUGGACUUUGAUACAGAUGAUCUUGAUCUCAACAGUCUCAGGAUUCAGCCAGUUCGUUCGGAACCUGUUAGCAUGCCAGGAUCAUCACGUCCAGUUUCUGAUCGCAGAGGUGUUUCAACAGUGAUUGAUGCUACCUCAGGUGCCUUUGACCGGAGCGUGACCUUGCUGGAGGUGUGUGGGAGCUGGCCUGAGAACUUCGGUCUCCGCCAAAUGUCUUCCAUGGAGCACACUGAAGAGGGCCUUCGAGAACGCCUGGCUGAUGCGAUGUGUGAAUCUCCCAGCAGGGACAUAGUGGGAUCAGGAACAGACACAGCCGGUGAAGUAGCAGUUAAAAACAUCACCGCAAAGAGGCACAUGGCUUUGAAAUGUUGUGAGCUUCAGCGAGAGGGAAGCAUAGAGACGCUAAGUAACAGCUCGGGUUCCACCAGCGGAAGUAUUCCACGCAAUUUUGAUGGUUACAGAUCACCCCUCCCGACUAACGAAAACCAGCCGCUCAGUCUUUUCCCCACAGGAUUCCCUUAAAUUAGUCAGACAUACAAGGAGAGAUCAAGACAGGGUAACAAACUGUCUCUCCACCUAAACAAUCUCGAUAUGUGUUUCACCCACCAGUUAGCUGCCGUGCUGGAUGGUUCUUGUUACCCCGAUAAAUAUUGACGACUCUUCCACGUAAACCUUCCUGAAACAUAUUCACAAAAUCUUGACUUUAUUUUCCUGUGCAAUAUGAAGAGACUCUGUCUUCAAUCUUGAUAGCUCUGUGGCUUCUUUUUUUGCUGUAUUCAGGAAGAGAUGUUAGAGGAGAAAUAUUUCUAAGCCAUUUUUGGUUAAGCACAUGGUUUCACAACCACUAUCUGCUUUUCGUGUUAAAAGAUAAAGGGAAUCUCUGUAACCUAGUGGUGCGAGCGCCAGCCAGGAACUCUAGCCGUUUGCAAAAGUGCCGAGCAUUAAAGAAUGAACUGGAGAGAGUGGAAACUCAAGGACUUUCUGUGGACAGGGUUGAUAAAGUUACUCCUUCAUGGUUGCAUCUCCUUGCUGCCCUCCUUCCCCGCUGAUAUUCAUCAAUGCCAGGAGUAUUACAAAUGGAAAUGUUUCUUUUUGUUCUUCAGAAGAAUUAUCUCUAUUGCUCCAGUUUUAUUCUAGUCAUGUAUUUUAGAAAUAUAACUUAAUUGACUAACUGCAGUCACCAGUUUCUCAUAUUUGGUUAUAAAAGUUGUUCACUGAAACGCUGAUAUCUGUCCAGAAAUGCAUGUGUCAUUGAAUAAAUCUAAGUUAAACAAGAAACUGCUUAAAUGUCAAUGUUCGUGGAGAGUUACUAGGCUUGAUGUGUGCUUCAUAUAUCUUCCUGUACCAAAGACUAUGUGCAUAUAUACUAACUUGAGGGCUUUAAUUAAAGCCAUCAGUGGAUGUUAUUCAGCCAGUCUAGCUUGUUUUUGCAUCCUUGUUUUCUCAUACCCUUGUGCAAGGACAGAAUUUUUUAUAUAAAAGACUUAAAUGAGGUUCCUUGCACCAACCUGGCACCUCUGAAAAUCAGCAUCUAUAUCUGUGUUUUGGUGUCUUACUUCAGGUCCUUGUGUGACAAUUAUAGCCAGAGUCUUUUGCAGGUUAAUUUUUUUUUCUUUAAAGUAAUUGCUUAGAAUGUAACACUCAUUGGUGGAGUGAGCUUAUCUGCUAGACCCAGGGAGAGAACGAGCCAGGCUUCGGUCUUCCGUUUGUCUCUUUAAGCCUAGCAGUGUGAAGAGGAUCAUGACUAUAGUAAUAUAUGUAGGUAUAUGUAUAUAUGAAAUUGUAACAUCAGCGUUCCCAAGACACGGUAUCCGGAAAACAUGGAACAUGGACAGAAGGGAUCCUGAUGGCUCCUUUGAAUCACUUCCGUUUUAUAUGCUGGUGGCUCCUUGUGAAACAGUGGGUCAGAUUUUUACCUGCCACGAGCUGGCACAGCCAGCGGGACAUGCGCUGCUUAUAUUGGUUGAGACUCUGGUUGCUCGUCCCACUGAGCUUAACUGAUUUACAUGAGCAGAGGUCCACACACCCUCUCACAGCAGCAGUGCCCACCUACAUCUGUUGUAUUACAGGGUCACAUAAAGGAGCCUUGAGGACCCACACAACAUACUGAAGCCACGAAAUGUACUGACUGUGCACAGUAAAACCGUGUGCUGCGCAAUUCAGUUGAUAAAUACUGAUGGGCUCACACAUAGCAGCCACAUAAAAUUCUCUAUCUCAGCCAACUUAUGUUGCGAAGCAGAAACUGAGAUGGGACUAUCAGCUUAUGACAUUUCCUUCCCACUACUUCUGUUUAAUAGAAGCUGUUUGAGUCAUGGAAAUGAGAGGAAACUAUCUAAACCCACAAAUCUUUUUGCACUCCUAUAGCUUAAAACCAGCCACACUGACUGAUGCAAAAUUGACCACCCUCUUCCUACUCCAUCCCCAAACACCAAAUAUCAAAUUCAGUCUCAGGCUUGAUUUUCUUUAACUGUAAUGCUAUUGCUCAGAUUGCAGAAGCUUUUUUUUCUCUCUCUCUUCAGGGUUGGAAACCACUAAUAAAACCUGAGAGUCUGCAGCAAUAAUUUCAGUUUCUUGCUUGAUUUUCAGUCAGUCCUUUCUCAAGCAAAAAACCUCCUUGGGAUGAAAUCAGAGGAGAGUUUGCCCGUAAGUAAGUACUUGUAGCUCUGGCCCACUGGCUAUAUCUGUGCUAACAGGCUCCGCUGUAAUGCUACUUUUCUUUUAUGUCUGCAAAAUAAUGGGUUGAGCUAAGCGAGUUAGGGUAGGGCUGGCGCUGGGAACAAAUGGAACCACCGGGUCAAGUCAGUCCACACCAGUUAGGAUUUUUAGCACAGUUCAAGCCAAGGUCAGCUCCAAAAGUUCAAACAAAAUCCAGAUUAACACAUACAGAAGGGAUUCUGUUGUCACCGUGAUUCUUGUUUCCUUUCAGUCUUUCCAAAGAGCAGCCAUAAGGGACAGAGUUCUUUUAAAGGAAAGCGACUGCUGUUCUUCAUAUUACUGUAGCCUCAAACAGCUCAGUUGCUGGUUCUUUAUGAACACACAAAGUAGGAUAGUGCAUAAUGCAGAGUGGUGUCAUUGGAAAUGUAUUUGUUGUUGGCAGGCAUUAAAUCACUUUUUAUAAGUGCUGCAAUACGGCCAUGUGGAAAUUCCCAGUCUGCAGAAGCUUCUUUGAAUCAGGAUGUUUUGUUUAAAGGGGGGGGAAAAAACCCUACAAACUGGGGCUGUACCAAAAUAUUUUCUGUCUGGUUCAUUGAAAAGAAUGUCCUAAAUUCCCUGCUGUUGAUAGCCCCGUAGCCAAGCUGUUAAGAAAGCCCUGAACUUAAAAAAAAAAAAAAAAGAAAAAAAAAAAGAAAAGUGCACUGCAGUGAGGUGGCUAAUUUAGCUUUAAUUUGAUACUUUCAUAGAUGACCCAGCAGAAUAACGACCAAGUUCCAGCUCUUCAGUGAGCCAGGGAGAGCUGAGUAUGUUGCAGCAAUAACACUGUAGGCUCCGAUUCAAUGAGUUUCCGAAGAGUAUGUCUUGCUCUAAGGGCACGCGUGGUCCCACUGAUGCCCCAUGCUUGCGUACCUUGCUAAAGGCAGGCCCUAGAAAGUUCCCUCUGAACAGGAAGCCAAGUGCUUUCAUGGAACAACACCUUUCCUCUGCUUCACCCCCAGCAGCGAUAUUCUUUUGGGGCACCAAGAAAGAAGAUUACUGCUCAUUGACAAUUGCUAGAGGCCUCCUUGCAGCUUAUCCACUUGGAUCUUCAGGUGUUGUACUGACCUGGGGAGAGAGCCACCCGCCUCGCUCUGAGCCACCAGCACCCAGCUCUCGGUGCCGUUAGGGUCUUUACUGCCCUGAGCAGACCUACCAUGGCCAUACGUGUGUGCAGGACUGGGGCCCUCACUGGUCCCUAAGAUCUGCCUGUGCUCCUCCUUUCCAGCACCCAGCAGCAACAAGCUCUGCCAUGUGCUUUUGCAGUAAAACUGUGGUCUAAGGCCGUUUUGCCCCUGAAUUUAAUGGAAGCAGGAUUUCAAUCUUUGGUCCUGAUCCAAACCCAACUUCAAGCAAAAUCAGGGAGAGUCUUAAUGUCUUCCCUGAUUUUGGAUGACUGUCUCACAUUGUGGUGGAAAUAGUGCAGGUGAGUUUCUGAAAUGCCGAACUCCCAAGCAGCGCGGUUGGCAGACGGUCACAGGCAGCGCAGCGAGAAUGUUGUGCCAUGACAUAAAACACUGUCUCGAAAAGAGCCCAAAAGACAUGCUGGACUUGCAAGUUUUUAAACUGUUUCCAGUAGUAGUAAGCAGUGGCCUCCUGCUGAGUUCAAAAGGCAAAAUGUCUCAUUUAAAGCCGGGCGGACUGUAUAUCACUCUGUGUAUAAAGUGGAGCUCUUCUAUUAAAAGCUGAGUUCAGAUUUCAUGAAUUAACAUGAAAUAUUGCUUUCUUAUUCUACCCUGGUUUCUGUAAUAAACACACGCAUGUAGCGUGCUUAAAUCAUAGGAGGGGGAAUGUUUUGCUGUUUGAAAAGCAGUGGAAAGUCAAAGGUUCUCCAAAUGUGACAGUUUGAAGUUCAAAUGAAAUCAAAUCUCACAGUGAAUCUAGAGCCUGGCCGCAACCAGCAGAUCUGGCGUUCCCAAGUCCUUUGCAGAGCCCGCAGGCUGCUGAAUGCGAAAUACUUUGGGCUUCGCCCACUCGAGCACUUUGGCUUUGUUACCCUGUGGCUACCGACGGCUGCAGCCCCAUUUCGGGCUGGUGGUGAGCCUUUUCACAGCCGGUUUGCACAGCUGGAGCAGCGCACAGCUGGAGCAAAGCAAAACGCUGAUGAGCUGCUGAUAGAGCACGUUGCUCUACCAAAGCAAAACCCAUAAAUCGCCGCCUUCCAUCCCGCUCUAUGAAAUAGCAAUUUCUGGUUAUCUCGCCCCAGGCAAAGCUAGCCGAACCAAAUUCAAAGUUGGUUGGUAAUGAGGCUGCAAGAAGGCAGGGCAACGAGAGGAACCGACCAAGUGCAAAACUAUCGCCCAGGUCUCUGUCCUCGUUCCUCCACUGCCUCUCAAAAAGGCUGGAGCAGGAUUUACUGCUAAGCGCAGCUGUGAAAUCGCUGUGUGCCACUGCCCCUCCUUUCUGCCCUCCCCAAAUGCAGAGGGCAUCACAACUGCGCGCUGCUUGCUUUGGGGUUUGACUGGAACUUUUUGAGGCUCCCAGCUGCGUAAGCGCUACUUCUCUAGAUUUCUUUUCUAGCUCCUUUGCUUUGGCUUGUUACCGUGCAGGGUAGGAAAGUUUGCGCCAUUUCCUGUUGUCUUUCCCUUAUGCUCCUGAGAUAUUGUAAAAAUGUUCGGUAUCCUCCAGUAGGUUGUAAUCACUUCACCCUAAUGUUUCACAGCUGCUAAGUGUAACUUUAAACCUAACCAUUUGAAUGCUUACAAUUAGCGAGUCAAUGGGGCUAAGAUCGUGUCUUUGUGAUUGCAAAAAAAGAAAAUGAACCUUUUUUUUUCAAGUUUAACUUGGAUAAAAUAGGAAUGAAAGUUAUGGAGAUGAGGGGUUUUUUUAAAUGUAAUAAAUGAUUAGUGGUUUAUGUGCUAGGAAAAAAAUAAUUAAAUCCACUGCUUGGCCUGUUUCACAGAUGAAAAAGGCACCAGGACAAGCAUGUGUCUGCAGCAGCUGAGCCUCUGUCCCGUUAACUGCACGAAACCCCCUCCAGUAUUGCUGCUCUUAAUUUAUACGGCUGUAGCUGAUGAGAACAAAACUAGCAGGAGACAAGAGGCUUCAGCUGCGUUUGUCACCCGUCGCUCUGCCAGGAAGCUGUGGUGCAAACAGGCUGGGGUUUUCCUGCCACUGUUGCACCGAUUUUGGUCUGGUACAACCAUUUGGCUGGCCCAGCAUUAGCCUGGCUUUUAACCUUCCUCAGCUGGCAGAAAUGCCUUAAGCGCCGUCCAUAACGGUAAGGAAUUAGGAAAUCAAGGUGUUGCAUUCCAGCGCCGUUGCCAGGACCGGGGAGGAGGGGAUGUCUGCAUCGCUUUGCCAGAGAAAGCUAUUAACUGCGCAAAAUGGCACAUGUCUAGCGCAUUUGACGGCUGGGGCAAAUGAGACAGCUAAAGAUCAAGGUUGGUUUGACACCUCUGGAGACAGGAGAGCUCGUCUGGGCCGCGUACAGCAUCCCACCGAAUAAUCCUCCCACCGUGCAGGCCGAGCCAGGAUCUGGCAGAGCUGCUGUAGAUCAGGCGAUGGUCUGCAAAGUCCCCGCAGGGCCUCGCUGCUGAAGGGGGGCCACAAGUAGCCAGCGCGGGCGUACGUGUGCGUACGUGCGCGCGUUGUUGGAUCUUUGCUGAUGGCCUGGCUUUAUGCAAAGCUGUUUGUAAACAUGUUCUGAGCCUUUUAUAAAGCAACAUGUCCAUUUAAUCUAAUGCUGUUCCUUAACUUUAACUGAAUACAGCUAAGUGCAAAGUGAGGCUAAUAUUGAAGAUUGCUCGUCUAGCCUAGCAGGAUAAAAAUCUCUUUUGGUUGAUACUAUUGGGGUUUGUUCUUGCUUAAUGCUCUUGCCUUAUGCACGUUUUCAGAGCUGGUUUCAGUUAUACCAGAAAAUGACUUUACUCUAGCGAAAGCAAAGGGCACGUUUUAACGCGGAGCUGAGCCACUAGCUCCCGAGCUGGACUGGGACCACGGUGGGGUCCGGGACCCCAGCAGGGUUGCGAGUUUUUGUAAAUUCUGGGGAGCUCAAGUCUGGGAUUUUGGUUGUUUUUUUGUCACGGAGUGAAAACAAAGCUCCUCGGACCUCAGGGAAACGGCAGCCCCUCAGACUUACAGCACAGAGGUCCCCACUUUGAAGAGGCAGCAGUUAACGCUCGAGCAAUCGUCUCGGGGAGCAGGUUAGUAUCUUCCUUAUUCUACAAGUUGGUAAAACUGGAAAUAAUGUUAUGCUGUGCCCAGCACCACCUUGCAUGUUAACAGCAGAGGCGGGGAUAGACUGGGGAGCGCUGGUGCCUCGGCUCUGGCGCUGUCCAGGGGCGGCAGCGGGCUCAGCGGCCCAGCUGCUCUUUCCUGCUGGGGGUGGUAGAGCUGGGCGGGAGGUGCGGCGAGUCCCCAAGGUCUCUCGGACCUGGGUUUCCGUCACGCGCUUGGUCAUCGCUGUGCGCGC